AUGGUUGGAAAGGGAAAGAUCACCCUCUACGUCGACAUUGUCAGUCCCUUUGCGUACCUGGGAUACUAUUUUCUGCGCCACUCGCCCAUUUUUCAGAAUGUGCAACUCACCUACGUGCCCAUCCUCCUGGGUGGCCUGAUGAAGAUGUGCAACAACACGACGCCGCUCGAGAUCCGCAACAAGGACCGCUGGAUCGAAGUCGAGCGGCUCCGCUGGGCGCGCCAAUUCCACAUCCCCAUGUCCGAGAGCUAUCCCGCUGGGUUCCCCAAGCCGACCAUCCAGCUGCAGCGGUUCCUGACCAGCGUCUGGAUGGAGAACCGACAGCAACAGUCUACCCUCAUCCGCGCCCUGGACACGCUGUAUGCCGCACUGUGGACGGAGCCGAACGAGGCCGACAUCGCUGACCCCAAGUGCUUCGCGCGUGUACUGACCCCGGUGCUCGGUCAAGACGUCGUCGCUAAACACGUCAGCCGGCUGGGCGCGCCCGAGGUCAAGCAGCAGUUGAUCGCGAACACGGACCGCGCCAUGAGUGACGGCGCAUUCGGCCUGCCGUGGUUCCAGUGCGAGAACGCCAAGGGCCAGGUCGAGGGGUUUUGGGGGUUUGACCAUCUCGGCCAGGUCGUCCGUUUCAUGGAGCUGGAUGAGAAGGCGGAGGUGAGGGCGUUGCUGUGA